CUUUCGGUCGUCGCGGAGGUGAUUUUUCUCUUCUUUCCAAGUGGCCAACGCGAGUGUGAUUUAGUGUUGCAAUUUAUUCAAUGAAAUAGUAGCUGGUUUUAAAUGAAAAUUACAUAACUGUGCUGCUGCGGGCGAGUGCUUUUCGGUCGUGCAUCCGUUGGUGAUGUUGACGGAGUGAAUUCCGUCGUUUUUGAAGGUGUAAAUUGCAACUGGAGUUUUCUUGUCAUGGCCCUUUUGGGAGCCCAGCUGGUCAUCACGCUGAUCAUGGUCAGCGUGAUCCAGAAGCUGAGUCCGCACUUUUCGCUGGCCCGGUGGAUCCUCUGCUCGACCGGUCUGACCCGGUACCUGCACCCGACGGACGACGAGCUAAGGAAGUUGUCCGGGGUGCCGCGGGAAAAGGGCGGCAAGGGCAAACGGGACAAAAACCAUCGGAAUGGUGACGCCGGACAUCAGCAGGAGAAAUCGUCCACCUUUCACGUUCCGCGCAGUCUGGACGUUCAGCUGGAGACGGUUGGAAUCUCGCCGUACGAUGUGGUCCACCUGCGGUAUUACACCGAGUACCAGUGGAUGGUCGACUUUAGUUUGUACGCGGCGAUCGUGUACAUUUGCUCGGAGGCUUAUCACUUUUUCUUCCCCCUCAAGGAGGAGUUUAACUUGAGCAUGCUCUGGUGUCUGCUGGUCGUGUUCUUUGCAUUCAAACUCCUCGCCUCCCUCACCGUGCAGUACUUCCAAAGCGAGGAAUCGAUCGGCGAGCGGUCCACCUGCAUCGUCACCGGACUCGUCUACCUGCUGAUCGCAAUGAUCGUCCUGAUCGUGCCGGAAACCACACUGGAGGUUGGCCUCGACCGCGCCUACCGGAGCUUCAACGAGAGCGCGUCCGAGUUUUUGGAGGGCCAGGGGUUGAGCUCGUCCGGACCCGCCUCGAAGAUUGUCGUCAAGUUCUUCAUCGCCGUCAGCUGUGGAAUUCUGGGAGCGCUCUUCACCUUCCCGGGGCUUCGUAUGGCCCGAAUGCACUGGGAUUCGCUCAAGUUCUGCCAGGACCGGGCUUUCCUAAAGUUCCUGCUCAAUCUGAGCUUCGCGAUGCCCUUCUUGCUGAUUCUGCUGUGGAUCAAGCCACUCACCCGGGACUACUUGACGGUGCGCGUGUUCAAGGGAAUGGCCACCCCAAUUCUGUCCGAGGAGGCGUUCGAGACCAUCCGACUGGGCGCGGUCGUAUUCGCGGUUUUGUUACGCUUCCUGCUGAUGCCCGUUUACCUGCAAGCUUAUCUCAACCUUGCCUACCACCGGAUUGAGGAGCAAAAGAAGGAAGCCGGCCGAAUCACCAACGUGGAUCUGCAGAAGAAGAUCAGCUCGAUCUUUUACUACCUGUGCGUCGUAACGCUGCAGUACGUGGCACCGAUUCUGAUGUGCCUCUACUUUGCGUUGAUGUACAAAACCCUCGGCGAGUACACCUGGACCGGCUUCCUCACCGAAGCCUUCCCCGUGGACGAAUGUUCCGCCGAAAUUGCACCCACGGCAGCACCUCCGGCAACGAUGGAACCAUCCCCGGAUGCGGACACGGACGACGCCAACAUCCUGUCGACAGCGCAAACGAUCCAACUAUCGCUGCAAAGCCUCAAGGCGGUCUUCACCAAGGACGUGUACCGGGGGUUGUUUGGCUUUGCCACGUGGUGGAGCUGCUUCAUCUGGUUCGCGGCCACCUCGCUGGGCAUGGUCUACCAGACGUACUUUACCAAGUCAUAAGUCGCGAGACAAGCAUUUAGUGUGAAGAAGCAUUUUUAUUAAGCAGCACAAAAGUCAUCUCAUUGUUUGAAACGUCCACCGACUGUGCGCGAUGCGUGCUGGUUGAAUGUAAAUAGGCUUAAGAAAAAAAAACGUCGGUUUGAGUUUACUUGGUUUGUUAGUUUUAACUUUUGCAUUGUGCUUGCUGGAAAGAACACGACACAACUUUUGGGCGGAAGCCAGUGCAAUAAAGGUUUAUUUAAAAAA